GUACUCGUCGCAGUGUACUAUAAGCGCUAUCAGACUCCGAUAACAAGUACUGGGAGCAGAGUUCACUCGUCCGUCCUCCCUGACAUAACGCCAACCUACCCCCACAGAAAAAGAUGUUACAUGUACUUGGAAGACUUGCUUCAGUGAUUUUUCUCGCGACAUGCGUGACCUCAGAUGACCCUGCCCUAUACAGGUGUCAACCGGGGACCACCCCUCAGGGUGUCACACCUGCACCAAAUCCUCCACCUAUGCCGACAUUGUCUGGUGUUACGGCAUUCUCCACUAAAAUAGAGGCCAUUAUUGGGGAAACUGGUACCACUGUGUCUGCAGAGGAGUACUACGACAGUGCCAACAAAAAGGCGGCCAUCUUCGUGUUGAUUUCAGGGGAACAGUUCAAAAUCAUAUACGACUACGACACAAACGAAAUUUUUUACGUUAAUCCGGACCAGACCUGUUAUACUAAAAACCUCACCACGGACAGCAAUAACGUGUUCUUUGGAACCACCGUCUCCAACAAGUUCCAUGUCUUCAACACUUUGGACGCAUUGCAGUUUGCAGUCAACAAAGGCCAAACAUACAUGGGGACGAAGGUGACGCGCGGUAUCCUAUGUGACUACUGGCGAUCAUGCAUCAACUGGCCCGAGCUUAACUCAACCUUCACCAUGGACUACUACUUCUCAGUCUCUAAUUGGGUAACACCCUCUGGCAUUUCCCAAGUUCCGGUCCGGGCGGAAGUGUUCGGUUACAGAACGUUGGGUGGCGGAGCCAAACACAAAUUCCACCACAUUUACGACUAUUCCGAAUUCCAGGCACAACCUCCGCUUGAUCAAACUGUAUUUGAAACCCCAUCCAUGGUUGUGUGCACCAACCGGAAGCAGGUGCGCUCUCUACCUCAACUAACAAAGGCCUUCCUUUACAGAGAAGAAAUAGUUCCAAAAUCAGGCACCUCCACCACUGCUGACGUCUGGUAUGACAACAACUUGCGGCUGGUGAGGUACGACUUCCGGCCACCCACCCCACAGCCCCCGUAUUACAAUACUGACGCUGUCACCGAAAUCCAUGACUUUAACACAGGUGUCGCCUAUGCCAUCGACCGCAUCAUGGCCAACUGUAGCAUCAUCCCCAUCAUGAACGCCUCAUUUGACACGUCUAUCAACGUCAGUGUAGCGGCCAAUAAGCAGCAGUUCGUCAUCAAGAUGAAGAGUCCCCAGGACCUGUUCUACAUCGAUAAUAACUACACCUACGCCGGACAGAGAUACGCCCGUGGAGAGCAGUGUGAUGUAUUCAUCCGCCAGAGGUCGGACUUCAUGUUGGGUGGUCACGCGAUCAACGCCACACUGGAGUUUUAUUUUCUCUCGAGUAACCAGAUGCAGAUAAACAAUGAUGGAAAUACUGUCUCUCAAGCUGCCGACAUCCCUGUCCAACUAAAUGUCAACGUACCCAGCAUACCAUACACUGUAACAUACAGUAUUUACAACUACGAUCCCGAGGAACCGGCCAUUACCAGUUAUGACAUCAGCAAUUGUUACUCGAUUGAAAAUAAAAUGGGUUUCAAGAUAACAUUUUACGGCUCUUUUGACAGUAAAGUUAUUGCAUACAAGGACAUUUUCCUGUAUCAGUCCAUUUCACUGGCAGCCAGUAUAUCCGGAGUAACUCCCCUUAGAAUCACCAAACCUAGCUUCUACAUGGACUCUGGCAAUGGGUACUUCGUUGCCACUCUACUAGACAGAGCACCAAUACUUCAACGUUUCCAGAAACUUCCAGGAAAGGUAGUGCAGUUCAACAAUGACGCUGUCAUUCGGAAUAUAAAGACGGCCGACAUGUGCGCCUACCUGUGUAACGGAAACGUCAACUUCACGUGCAACAGCUUUGAGUACUGUCCCUCCUCCAAAGUCUGCACCCUCAGUAAAAUCCACACUGACGAUGGCAACGUUGUCAGCUCCACCCAGCAGUGUGAUCUUUACGAUCGUUCUCUGGGAAGCAACUCCUUUGUGGAGGUCCCCCUGACUGACGCCUGGCAGAAUCUCAGGAAUGGGGUCAUUAAGCAGCUCUUCCAAAUCAGCAUCAAGUACGACAAGAAUACACAGACGUAUACAGCUCAGGACAUCGUGAAUGACGUCGUUGAUAGUGGGGACCUCCCUCCCGCGUCAGUGAAAACCUUACAAAGCUUUAAGAGUAUGCCCAAUAAGUACGUCCCUAACUUUGACGACAACAUACUGACCGGGCUGUCCAUUGACGACUGUGCCUCGGCGUGCGUCACCCAGACGUCCUUCGUCUGCCAGUCCUUUGAAUAUCAGCUGAUUCAGGGCACCUGCGUCCUCUCUCAUCUCCACCCUGACGAACAUCCGGGUGCCAUCAAGGGCAUCUCGGGAACAGACUUGUAUAUACGGGAUUACACCAGUAAGUUCUCUAAGCUCCCCGGCCAGACGGUUCUCUCCUCCUCCAGCGUCAUCUACCAGCAGGUGUUCGACACCAACCAAUGCGCCAAGCUCUGCGACAACUACCAGGCCUACAACUGUAAAUCCUUCGACUUCUGCUUCGACAUUGGAACCUGCUUUCUGGGCAAAACACACGUUUUUGAUGUACCUAAAGCCGAUGUUAUAUCAAAUCCCAUGUGUAACCAUUACUCUAGAAAUUACAUUGACGAUUUCACAAUGACAGCGAGUCGUACUAUCCAACUUGUGAACGACAGAAUAGUAUCCGGAGUGACAUUGGCUCAGUGUGCUAAGAACUGUGUCGAUAUGGAGGCCGGAAGUUGUGCCUCGUUUUCAUACUGUGAUGGGCAGUCCCUGUGCCGUCUCAGCACAGCUUCAAUGAAGAAUGUCGGUCAGGUGUCGGCGACGCCGAGCGCCACCUGCAAUCUAUACACAAGGCAGUAUUUCCCCGAUGGUACGGGAUACGUAGCUAACCCCCAGCAGUACUUCAUGAACACCCAAACAACCAAGAAAAUCCCCACAAGUUCUGUUGCUGGAAUAGCUGUUGCUAUGCUAAUUGUUGGAGUACUCCUAACAGCUAUCGGAAUAUUUGUUUACCUCAGAAAGACCAACAAAAGAAUACAAGACAUCAGGCUACCCUCGCGUAAUUGACCUCACGCGGUCGACGUCAUUCAUCUCACGAGAACAAAAAAGACGCACGUGGUUACACACUCGCUAAUUCACUUUUUUGUUUUAAUAUUUGUCAUUUUUUAAAAGAUAUUUUGUAAUACUCGAGCCAAAUGUUGUUUAUCUUUACUCAGAGACUUCUGUGCUGUUUGAAUAUGUAUGAACUGUGUAUAUGUGGUUUAUAUUUGUACAAAAUAUUUUUCUUCUUUGAUGGUACAGUAUAUGUAUUACAAGGAUAAAAACGUUUUCAUAUC